AUGAUGGCGCCUUCGCAUCACCUGGCCCUCACGGUCCUUGCAGUAGCCGCCUGCUUGCUCACAACGACCUGCGCUCAGCCCGAGCAGGUCCACAUUGCGUUUGCCGGCCAAGACGCCAAUGGCUACCCCACAGGUGUUUCGGUGACCUGGUACACGGCCAACGUCACGUCGACCAGCAUCGUGCGCUACGGCACCCUCGCCUCGGGCUCGCUCACCUCACAAGCCUCAGCCACCACGGCCCCUCAAAGCUACCUGGACGGCCACGGUUUUCACCACGUUGUUCGCGUCCUUAACCUUCAGCCCGCUACCGAGUACAUGUAUCAGGUUGGCGAUCAAACCGAUGGCUGGAGCGAUACCUUCGUCUUUCGCUCCGCACCCGCCACUUCGGAUGUGCCCGUCUCCUUCGCCCUCUUUGGUGACAUGGGCUAUCUCGGCAGUGCUGAGCGUCCCAUGGUUGUCGCCACCGGCGGCCUGCAGAAAAACUGGUCGGCCGUUCCCGUGCGCACCCUGCUCGAAAGCCUCAAGGAUACCAAAGCCAUCGAUUUCAUUUGGCAUCUCGGCGAUAUUGGCUAUGCUGAUGAUGCGUUCUCUCACGCUCCUCUCAAAUUCGGCUACGAGUCCGCCUACAAUGGCUACAUGAACUGGAUUCAGAAUUUGACUGCCACCAUGCCUUACAUGGUCUCAGUGGGCAAUCAUGAAAGCGAAUGCCAUUCGCCAGCGUGCGUGGCUGACACCAAGAUUGGAAACGCUUUGCGCAAUUUCUCCGCAUACAACACUCGUUGGCACAUGCCUUCCGAAGACAGCAAGGGUGUGCUGAACAUGUGGUACAGCUGGAAUUACGGGCCUGUCCACUUUAUUUCUCUCAACACAGAGACAGACUUUCCGGGGGCUGGCGAGGAGAACACCGGCGACUCGCACGAUCCCUUCAUGCCGGCUGGCCACUUUGCUCCCGACGGCACCUACCUUGCCUGGCUUGAGCAGGAACUUGCGGCCGCUCAUGCCAACCGCGCUCAACGCCCCUGGAUCAUUGCUGGAGGCCACCGUCCCUUUCCUGACAUUGCUGCUAAUGGCGUGCAGGAGCUUUUUGAGCGAUACGAGGUGGACGUUUAUGUUGCCGGACACACCCAUAGCUACUCUCGAUCCAUGCCCGGCAACUUGAAUGGUUCCAGCUACCACAAUCUCAACGGCACCGUCCUCGUCGUGGCUGGUGGAACUGGUUGCGAGGAGAUGCACGACGUGGGUGCCCCCGACCCUGCCACCUUUCGCAUGUCUUCACUGCAUACAGAAGUCUUUGCGACCGACCGGGUGGCGGCUGGCGUUCUCAUGGUGAACAGCACAUAUCUCAACUUCCGCCUUCUCAGUGGCUACAAUCACGCCGAGGUCUUGGAUGAGUUCACGCUCACUCGCUCGUCAUAG